GAGGACAGCUUCCUCAAUCUAAGUCAGGUCAAUGCCGGAUUCGCACAAAGGUUAUUCCUGAAAGAUGGAGCAGUUCCCACUUUGUCUGGAGAAGGCGUUGUUUAUGGUACACAAUCGGCAAGUGUGUUUUGUUAUUUAGCAGGGACCAAGUUCCCAAGAGCUCCCCACUACAUCUUCACUCCAUGAAGCUGCCUGUCAGCCAGACUCUGCACACACAGACACUGUGGCCACAAAGACAUCGCCAAUGAUGCGAUCAGUGGGCACACAACUUUCUGUUGGUACAUUGAGGAAUGUCCACGUAAGGAGCAAAGGCAUUCAGGCAACUGUUUCCAGUCAGGAUGUUGGCACUGAAACAGUGCUCAUGUUGCCGGAUAUGCGGCUGUCUUCAACACCAGUACGUGGCUCAAUGUUCAGGCCGAGCAAGAGACCUCGUCUGGAGUUGGAGGAGGAACACGAAGAGGAACGUGACUCAACAUAUAUCCCAGAGUCUGUCACUCAGGAAUCAGAAUUGUCAAUAGAUCCUGAGUCCAACUACGGUGACAAGAAGUACAUUGUUUUUGAAAGCUGCCUUAGACAGGUGUUUGAGUCCUGUCCAGUUUGUAAAGCGACUUGCGAUGUCCGCAAAAGACAAAUGGGGACUUUUGUUGCAUUCACCCAGCUAUGUGAAAAAUGUCAGUAUCACAGACGGUGGCAGAGUCAGCCCAUUGUAGGGAGUACCCCGGUGGGAAACCUGCAAUUGUGUGCUGCCACAUAUUUUCUGGGAGGGUCCUAUGCAAAACUACAAAAGAUUUUCAAGGCCAUGCAGCUCCAAACUGUGCAAUACAGUACUUUCCGGAGACAUGCAAGGAAUUUCUUAGAGCCUACCAUCAUCCACAAGUGGAACAGAGAUCAGGAACAUCUUAUUCAGCAGCUGCAAGAGAGGGGAAAGCUUGCAAUAGCUGGAGAUAUGCGCGCUGACUCACCAGCACACUCGGGUAAAUAUGGAAGUUACACGUUGAUGGAUAUGGAAACCAAGUCAAUUGUGGAUCUUCAGCUAAUUCAGAGCAACGAGGUAGGUGGUAGUUACCACAUGGAAAAGGAGGGUUUAAAGCGCUGUCUCGAUAAGAUGGAAUCUUGUGGUUUGAUGGUUGACUACAUAGUCACGGAUCGCCAUCCACAGAUUAAGAAGUACCUGAGAGAACGCAACGUCACUCAGUACUAUGAUGUGUGGCACUUUGAGAAAGCUUUGUCUAAGAAACUUCACAAGCUUUCGCAAAGUAAAGACUGCAAGGUGCUGAAAAAAUGGUUGAAAAGCAUCAAAAAUCAUCUGAACUGGAGUGCGACUUCCUCUGUUUCUGGUCCUGAAAAGGUGGCGAAGUGGACAUCACUUCUUAAUCACAUACAGAACAUCCAUGUUCAUGACAACCCCUUGUUUCCUAAAUGUGAACACCCAGACAGAGUUUCAAGGGAUCCCAAAAAAUGGUUUCAACCAGUGGCACUCCACAAAGUGGAAAAGGUAACGUGCAACAAGAGAGUUCUCAAGGACUUUGAGAAACUCAGUCACCACUUUCAAACGUCGUCACUGAAGGCAUUUCACAGACGGAUUCGGCGUUUUGCCCCCAAAAAUGUAGUUUUCUAUUUCAUAGGAAUGCUGUGCAGGUUGUAUCUCGCGGCCAUGCACUACAAUGAGAAUUGCAGCCGUCCACAGGCAACAACAACUCAAGGACAGGCUACGUACAAAAUCGGUUUUCCCAAGUCAAAACAAGGGAAAUGCACAGCCAAGCCAGUGAAAACAGACCCAACAUACAACUGUGUCGAUGACCUUAUGAGUCUUCUACUACGUAAAGUCAUUGUGGACUCGACGCCAUAUGCAGAAGAACUACACCAGAUCACUGUUCCACCUCCUCUGUCGUCACAAUUCGAAAAACCCUCCAAGGAAGAUGUUACAUAAUAAAAUACAUCAAAAGACUUCGACUUGAGGUUUUUCAUACUGACUGUUUUCCUUAAAAAUGUCUUUCUGAUCCUCAGCCUCCUCCUACAGUUUAGUAUUGAAAGGCCUUUCCCCAAAUUACACUGAGCCUUUCGGGAUGGGCCGUUUCCAUCUCUUUUAAUUUUUCAGAAAGUGAAACCCAUGUAUUAUAUAGAUUCAUUACACAGAGUGAAAUAUUUCAAGCCUUUAUUUCUUGACAUUUUCAUGAUUAUGGCUUACAGAUAAUGAAAACCCAAAAUUCUGUCUCAGAAAAUUAGAAUAUUAAUAAAGAAAAAGAAUAUUUUAAACAGAAAUGUCAGGGUUCUGAAAAGUAUGUUCAUUUCUAUGCACUCAAUAUUUAGUUGGGGCUCCUUUUGCAUGAAUUACUGCAUCAAUGCGGCGUGGCAUGGAGGCGAUCAGCCUGUGGCACUGCUCAGGUGUAAUGGAAGCCCAGGUUGCUAUGAUAGCGGCCUUCAGGUCUUCUGCAUCGUUGGGUCCGGUGUCUCUCAUCAUAGAUUCUCUGUGGGGUUCAGGUCAGGCGGGUUUGCUGGCCAAUCAAGCACAGUACCACCAUGGUCAUUGAACCAGCUUUUGGUACCUUUGGCAGUGUGGGCAGGUGCCAAGUCCUGCUGGAGAAUGAAAUCA